UGGAUCUUUAUGACCCAUGGGGACUUAGGAAAAUAGUCAUGUCGAUUCCUCUAAAUGAACCAGGGCAGGAAAUGGAUAUAAAUAUUGAGCAUCCAUGCCAAAUCUUUUCAAUUUUGCUCAAGCAUGACAUUUUGGGAAGAAUGCUUUUCCUUUGAUACAUGAGAUUUAACAACAAGAUGAGGUGUGAAACUACUUCUGAGAAACUUCUGCAAGCUUUAUUUGACUCAUGAACUGAAAUCACCAAACUAAUGCUUCAGAGGCAAAAGUAUGAGUAUAAAUAUGGGGUCACAAGAGCAUACAGGAGAGUAUAUAAUGAAGAAGACAAGAAAAAAUUUAUUGAAUCAUUGCAUAAGAUCAUGGAAGUUUAUGAUUUCCCUGAUGAUAUGCUCCAAGGCAGAGCUGCAUAUGCCCUGAAUAUGAUCAUCACAGCAAUGAAAGAGCAAAUGACUAAAGAUAGUUACAAUAUUUUGGCCCAAAGAGGGGAUAUUCUGACAGGUUCUAAACUAGACCAAGCUGUUAUAGAAGAGAUGGAUCAAUACUUCUGUGAUCUAGACAAAGCUGUCAGUUGAUGCUAUCAGUUCACAAUUAAGAAAGAUGAAGGAAUUAAGAAGUUUACUAAAAUGACUCCUUACAUAAUUGAUUUCAAAGAGACAACGACUGAUUUCUAUACCAAUGUUAGAAAUUCAGUGAUUUCUCAGGUGGCUCCUGCAAUAAAGCAAGAGAAGGGAUUUAGCAAUUAUCCAAACAUAGAAGAUCAUCUAACUCUAAAGAUUAACCACUAUCCUCAAAUGAUUAUUUUAUCUUCUGCUCUGAUAGAAGGUACAGACUGUUUGUUCAAGUUAGUUCCUCAAGAAUUCGACUUAAGCAAGGUAAAUUCCCCUGUAGCCCAAGAAGAGACCCAAGAUUUUGAAAUUGUAGAAGAGGAAAAGAUUGGAGACGAUGAAGAAGAAAUUAUUGGACAAGAUGAGGAAGAGAAAAUUGGUCAUGAUCAAGAAGAAAAUAAGCAGGAAGAUCAAGAAGGAGUCAGUUUAGGAACAACCAUUUAUGAGAUGAGGAAUUUAAUUUCAAUGAAUGAAAGAAAUCAAUUCUUUGACAUGAUAAAUCAUGAUGAUGGGGAUUGGUCAGGAUAUGCUCAGGAAAGAAACUUUGAUUAUCAAAAAUAUACAUUUAUAAAGCAUAAGAUCCCAGAUAAUGAUGUCCCAGUGCUCCCAAUUGAUGAACUAAAAAAUUUGGACAAUAUUCAGAAAAAUGAUAUCUUUAUGAAAUUAAAGCCACUCAUGCUAAUAUACAUGAAAAAGGACCAAUUUACUAAUAAUUUUGACAAAUAUAUAAGUGAUGAAGCUAGUGUUACUAAUACCUUCUCCAAUGAUGAUACAAUGUCCUCUGAUAACGAUGCUGAAAUUGCAAGGAAGUUACAGAAACAACUAAAUGGGAAGCAAUCAAAAGAACCCAACCCCAAGUCUUUGUUACAGAAGAUAAAUGAUUACUCAAUGCACAGAGCCGAUAGUCUUAGAUGGAAGUGUAGAUUCUGUGACAAGGUUCAGGAAACUUAUACAGCAUGUUUUGAUUGUGGUAAAAAUAAGAGUUUCUGCAUUGCAGAAGAAGAUGACUAAGAUAUAAGCAAAAAUUUAAGACAUCUUUGAUAAUAAACUAAAAGUU